CUCAUUAUCAAACAAAAACAGGAGCACAAGUGCGAAAGGCUAACAAGCUUCUCAUCCACUCAAAAAAAUGGCUCUCACCAUAAACAAUCCCAUUGGUGGCGCCACCAUAUCCAACAAAUACACCACCACAACCACCACCACCACCACUACAACCACUUCCUACCCUCGCUUUCCUAUCCUCCACCAGCACCAAUACCACCGCCAAUUCCUCCCCUCAUCUCUUUCUCUCUCCUCAAGAACAUCAACCUCCACCCUCACAGUAGCUGCCACUGGUAAGUUCACCUCCCGAACAGGGAAAUUCGACAGCAGGAAUAAAAGAGGUUCCUCCACCUCAACCAAGGAGGAAUCUACGGCGGCGGACGAGAGGAAUGGGUUGCUUAAAAAUUACGAGGAUGUUGAUGCGGCGGAUGUAAUUGAUGGUAGUGUUGAUGAUGGGUAUUUCUUGCCAGACCUUCCUGGGGAUAAGCCUAAUUUUUGGGAGGGCUCACAAUGGGAUGGUCUUGGUUUCUUUGUUCAAUAUAUGUGGGCUUUUGGUAUUCUUUUCGCGCUGAUUUCAAGUGGAAUUGCUGUAGCCACCUAUAACGAAGGGGCUACAGAUUUUAGAGAAACUCCUGCAUUCAAGGAAUCUAUCCAAUCAAAGGAUCUCUUAGAAGGACCCGAGGGAUCUGACACAGACGUGUUUGAGUCCAACCCUACAGAGGAGGCUCCUGCUUUGGAAUAACGGCAAGGUAUCACACUCUAUACAAAAGGGUUAUGAUGAGACUUAUGAAGCCCUAUUGGAACGUUUUAUGAAUCUAUAGUUUACAUUAAUUAUCUUAGCAUUAAAUAUUUUCCUGUAUUAUUGUCAUCCUGCCACUUUAUAUAUAGGCUCAGAUUACUUUGUGUAAACUAUUAGAAUUGACAAAUUUAGAAUGGAAGUUUUUUCCUGCUA